UAUGAAUACAUUUUCUUUAACUUUGCAAUAAACGAAAGAAACACUGAAGUAAACGAUUUUUUGUAGUCAUUUAGGUUUGUCCCAAAUAUUCGCAGGAUUAUUGAUACAAGGUCGUAUUGGCCCGUGGGCGGAACAGAGAAAACGAAUUCAUCAGUGCGAAAUUUUCAAGAGCAAAAUUGCUAGUAUAUGAAUAAACAUCGACAUCAAAGCAAUGUGUUUCCUUUUCAGUUUGGUCCUCCACACUAACAAGCAACUAUUUUUGUAGCAGUUGGAUAGACAUGAGGAUAAAGAAACUGUGUAGAGCAGGAACAAACGAUUAUGAGAGAAAUGACAGAAAAAUUCUGCAUUAUACCGCGAGGUUUCAACAUUUAAAGCAGUAUACGUAGGAUGGAAUGAACGUUCACAGAUAUCAUCGUGAAUUCAAAUAGUCUACAGAAGCAAACAAUGUUUGCAUCAGAGGAAUAACAAGGUUACACUAUUUGAAGAAUAUUGUAGAAUACAUAAAUAAUUAACUUUAAUCUGGCGUGAAUAUGUCUUUUAGAACAUGUUUCUGUCAUCACAUACAUUUUGCAUUUUUGCAUGUUAGUUGAUUCAAUUGACAGACCAAACAAACAAGAUUUUUCUUAAAUGUUAUAGAAAAUGAGUAUCAAAUAUAAUUAAGUUUAAUUAUUAUAAAUGAAAAAUGAAUUCAACGUAUAAUUACGAUAGUAGUGCAGAUGUACUGAGCAAUAGCUCUUUGUUUGAUAGAUUUUAUGAAGACAUUCUAAACAGUUUUAAAACAUUCUACGAUGCAGUUGAGGACAUCAUUUACGAUACAGUUGAAAGCGUCAUUGAAGAUACCUUUGACAAAGUCUUUAAUGUGAAGGUCGCCAACUGGUGGAAAACGGCAAUGAUUAUUAUAUUAAUUGAAAGUUGUAUUGGAGUGAUAGGAAAUAUUUUGUCUUUGAUUAUUUGGAACAUAGGAAAAAGAAGUAGCAAAAUGGCAUGUUCGACAUAUUUCAAAAUACUGGCCGUAAGUGAUAUUCUUACAAUUAUAAGUGGUAUUGUCACCCUUAUCCUUCCGCAUUUCUUGGACAUUAUGGAGACGAACUAUUGUGCCGUUUUUGGUAUAGUGGAAAACAUUCUUUUACCACUUGCACCACAAUUGUCAGCUUGGAUUAUUGUUAGUAUAUCCAUAGACAGGAUGUUGAGUUUAUGUUUUCCAUUUAGAUUUCAAAGACAAGGUUCCAAACGACGAGCUUGGGUAGCCUUUUUUGCAAUCACUAUCCUGCUUGUCGGGUUAAACUCUAAUAUGUUUCUUUGUAGUAAUUUUGUCACGGAUGACGAGAUGGGAAUCGUUCUUUGCACAUGUGUUGGAAGCAGUACUGGAGAACUGGAAGAAGUUUCAUUGGUCUGGUUUCUGUGUAUUCUUCCAUUUACAGCAGUGGCAUUUUGCAACAUCGUCAUAGUAGUCAGACUAUGUUUGAUGAGACGUUCUAGUGCUCAACAAAGCAGCUCUAAUAGACAAAACAGGUUACGACAAUUUACAAAACUGUGUCUUGGCGCUGCAAUACUUCAUUGUGUGUCGGUUAUGCCUUUGUCAAUGACAAUGUAUUAUUUCGAAAAUAUGUUCAGUUUUGACAAUGAUGAGAUGGAUUUUGAGAAUCUAAGUGAUAUUGAUAACACUUUAACGUUCUAUGCGGCACUAUUUCCUAUGUGCGUUGCCCUUUUCUUCUUAAACAAUCUAUGAAUUUCCUUCUCUAUUGUUUCACAGGAACAAAUUUUAAAAAGGAUUUCAAUGAAUUGUGUCUCAGAUGUGUUUGCAUAUCGGCUGCUACAGAUACUCAGAGUCUGCCCAGGGUGCAAAUAUCCUCUUCAAAAACUUCGUCUUCAACUGUGAAAAGGCUUAAUUUGAAGAAUUGACCGAUCUCUUCCUCCCAUUUGUAAAUAUUAUUUUGCUUUCUUUAUUAUGUAUUACUCAAAUGCUCUGUGUUCGAAGUAAGUUGGUUGUAAAUGUCCCACCCAUACCAGUAUUCGUUUUAUGUGAAAACGCUACAGCUUCUAUUUAUACUUAGUGAUAUAAACUGUAAUGUUUUCAAUGAGUUUAAUGACUGUCUAGGUAUCUUUGCUGUGUACGCAUGUUCGUUAAGUGGAUAAUUCUGUACUAAUUUGAUACUUUUGUCUUACUAAUGUAUUUGCAUUUUUUUUUAAAGGUUUCUAGUAUCACUUGUUAUAUAUUUGGUCCAUUAGGAUUAUAAAGUCCAUCCAAUAUCUUUGUAAUAAAUUUCGACUAAAGCUGGUGCUAGGGGCGUAAGGUGUGUUGCACUUUUCAUUUUUCAUAACCUGUCAUGAACAGACUCAAUCAAACCUAGUUUGCAAAAUAAAAACGUUUUGUUUCUGAAGUUCCAUAAAAUUGCAUUAUAAUAAGAAUUACACCGAACCGCUUUAAACAUGCAACACCUACAUAGCUGUAAAUAAAUUAUAUUAAGGUUUUGUAUCAAAUCGUAUGAAAAUGUUACUUUAUAAUUAUGUAACUCAUACUUGACGGAGAAAUACCUAUUGGAAUAAAUGUUUGCCUGUUCAAAAUUGAAAGCCACUAAAUGGCACAAAAAAGUAUUUUUCGCGAGAUAAUGCUGAUCAAAUCAGAGAUGUUUCAUUAAAGUGAUUUUGUGUAUUCUUCACUUCCUACUGGAUUUUUAAAAGAUUAAAACAGCCUAUACUCGUGCUUAUAAAACAUUGAGUUUCAUAUGUAAACACAAUCUUUCCUUAAGGUUGUCCUCUUAUCAGUUUCGAAAAUCAGCCUAAAAGUUUGAAUACUACCAAAAUAACAUUUUGUAUUGUGUUGUAUUCAAACCAACCCUUUAGAACUGGGAACUUCGAAAUUUCUAAAUGAGUCGUAAAAUCACUCCUUAUGUUCCUUGAUAUGGAAAAUAAGUUGACAUUACUCGUGUUUUACAUCUUUUAAAGUUAAAACGCUUCGCAUCAACUUUAUCAAAGACCGACAAUCGUGAUAUCAACCCUUGAUUGUUUACUCUGUUUUCACGAAUGAUUUCAAAAUCAAACAUCGGAAAUAUUGCGCAACAGGUGUAUGUUUAUUUCAUUAUAAAAUAUUGCUUCGAAUAUUCAAAAUAUUCAAAAUCAUAGUGUUGCGUUUUAAAAGCGGUU